AUGGACCCAAUCACAGAAACGAUACAGGAGGUACGAAGAGCUGUGGAUGCUUUCCCCGAGGACUCACCAGACCGUCCAUUAUAUCUGGCUCGUCUUGCCAAACAGCUCAGCAGAAAGCACUCAACAACCGGCGCAAUAGCCUACCUUGACGAAGGUAUCCGACUUCUACGCAUAGCUGCCCGUAUAGCGCCUGAUGAACUUCCUAGUAGAGGACGAAUUGUACAUAACCUUUCUUACCAACUUCACGAUAGAUACGUUAGGCAAAAGUCCGUGUCCGAUCUUCUCAAGGCCGUCUUGGUUGCCAGAGACUCGAUUGAUGCAGUCGAAGAUGAUGACCCGGUCCUGCCUUUGUUCUGGGGAAACCUUGGUACUCUUUUAAUAGAAAGAUACUAUGUAAAAGGCUUCAAAUGGGAUCUUGAUGAAGCUGUGGACUGCACGCGUGAGGCUCUCGAGAAGCUUGACAAAGACAAUCCUUUGCGUGCUACGCUCUUGAACAAACUCAGUGUCGGCUUGGGGCACUUACACUGGAGGGGAGGCUUGAGAUCUGACCUUGAACUCCAAAGCUAUAUCGAUGAGGCUAUAUCAGCAAGCCGUGAAGCCGUCGAUCUAACACCAAAAAACCAUCCAAGACUUGCUGGCCGAUUGAAGAACUUGGGAACUCAUUUGGGGCACAAGUACCAUUCAACUAAAACAAAGGACGAACUCGAGGAAUGCAUAAAAUGCCAUGUUACCGCUGUCCAUGCUAAGCAAGCACCAACUCUUCAACGGAUUCGGGCCGCAGAUGAUGUCUUAUCUUACUGUGCUGAUGUUCCGAACUGGGACCUGGCCCACGAAGUUUCUUCUUAUGCGGUUGCUCUUUUUCAUAAACUUAUCUUCCGGUCGCACGAACAUUCGGACAAGCUACAUAUGAUUGGCCAAGUUUCUGGGUUGGCAUCCGAUGCCGCUGCAGUAGCUUUGAACGCAGGAAAGGACCUGUCUGUGGUACUUACCAUCCUUGAGGAGGGAAGAGGAGUCCUCUCUCAAUCUAUGGAGGAAAUGAGGACUGAUCGCGCGAGCUUACAAGCCCAGCAUCCACAGAAUGCAGAGGAACUGAACAGUAUUCGGGGCGCACUCGAUGAUCCUCUGCAAUACACUGAUGCUCUGGAAGAUCCGGAGGAAACCUGGGAGACCGAGUCAGAUCGUCGGAAAGAAGCUGAUGAGAAGCUGGACGACUUGCUAAACAGAAUCCGCAAGGAGCCUGGCUUCGAAGACUAUCUUAUUCCGCCUACAGAAGAAGCGAUGAAAGCUGCUGCAAAAAGCGGGCCUAUAGUGGUUAUCAAUGUUAGCAGAUUCCGUUGCGACGCGAUUAUCGUUGAGUCAAAUCAGCUUCGUCUGUUACCUUUACCGAAGCUUACCCUAUCGGAUGUAGAGGGCGCGUAUCAGAUGCAGGAGAUUGAGCCUUCUGUUUCUUUCCAGCAAACGUUUGCCUCUCUCAAGGCGACGAAUGAACCUAUUUCUAACAGCAACUUCAACGUUUGGGAUGCUCAUGUAUCCAGCAAAGGCUGGGAUAAGUCAUUGUCAGACCCAGCUUGGGGUGGUUUGAGAAAAAAGCCGUCUGAUGCUCUUGGGUCGCCACAGAUUCUGCGCUGGCUAUGGGAAUCUAUGGCAAAGCCAGUAUUGGACUUUCUGGGUUAUAACAGGAUACCAACAGAUGGCAACUGGCCUCAUGUAUGGUGGAUCCCGACCGGCAGUCUCAGCAAGUUUGCUAUUCAUGCAGCCGGAGAUUAUUACCCUGGGACUACUGAAACAGUCCUAGACAGAGCUGUUUCUUCUUACAACUCCUCUAUCAAGUCCGUUAUUCAGGGUCGACGUCGAGAAAUCGCAGUGCGCGAGACUCAAUACACUCUUCUUGUCGCGAUGGAGACUACAAAGGGAUAUAGCGCAAAUCUGCCCUUCGCUUCUCAAGAAGUUUCCCUAGUGAGCGACAUCUGCAAAUCAAUGUCUCUAGACCCUGUCCGACCGGGGCAGCAGAAGCAAGACAUUAUCCCUUAUUUAAGUGACUGCACUGUCUUCCACUUUGCAGGUCACGGCAAUAGUGAUAACAAGAAUCCUCUGGACAGUAAGCUGUUGUUAGACGACUCGAGCAGUGAUCCAUUCACAGUUACCACGCUUUUCGACACAAAGCUGCACGACAGCCCGCCAUUCCUCGCAUACCUGUCAGCCUGUGGGACAGGUCGUCUCGAUAACGAGAGGUUCUCAGACGAAGGCGUCCAUCUAAUCAGUGCCUGUCAACUCGCAGGAUUCCGACACGUAGUAGGCACUCUGUGGGAAGUCAACGACAAGUCAUGCGUCGAUAUGGCAAGGGUAUUAUAUGAGAGCCUCCGGGAUCGUGGUAUUACGGAUGAAGCUGUCGGUCAUGGACUACAUGCUGCAGCACGUAAUCUUCGAGAUGAAUGGUCGAAGGAGUUCAGCAAUGGUUGGAGAGGACGAGGUUCGGAGACGAGAAAGAGAAAGUUGGAGCAGAUUGAGGGAGAUGGAAAGAGAGAUAUCAUAUCUUGCGACGAUGAGGAAGAUAUGGGGCCGCUUUAUUGGGUUCCGUUCGUCCACUUUGGUGUAUAA